AUGAUCGAUGCUGGUUGUACAUGGGGACAAAGGACUGACAUGUUGUGCGUUGUUUUUGCGAUCUUGGAGGCUAACCACGAUCCUUUGGACAUAAGCAAUGAUGUUAAAUUUGCUUGGAAGAUUCAGAGAGACAUGGCCGAGAGAGGACACAGUCUUGAAAGUAUCAAAGCAAGUAUUGAAGCUCGAAAACCCGACUUCGAUGCUUACAUUGACCCACAAAAGCAAUAUGCAGAUGCAGUUAUAGAAGUAUUACCUACCCAACUAAUCCCAGAUGACAAUGGGGGAAAAGUUUUAAGAGUUAGACUUAUAAUGAAAGAAGGCAUAAAGAAUUUCAAUCCAGUCUAUCUCUUUGAUGAAGGCUCCACCAUUUCAUGGAUUCCAUGUGGAAGAAAACUCACUUGUUCUUACCCAGGCAUCAAAUUCACAUAUGGACCCGACACUUACUUUGGCCAAGAGGUAUCUGUGUUGGAGAUGGAUGGUCAGUUUGAUAGAUUAGAUGAACUAAUCUAUGUUGAGAGUCAUUUGAGCAAUUUGUCAUCAAAGUUCUAUGGAGAAGUUACUCAACAAAUGCUGAAACAUGCUGAUUUUCCGGGAAGUAACAAUGGAACUGGAUUUUUUCAGACUAUUGUUGGUUUGAAGAUCAGAGAUCUUUAUGAACAAAUUGUUGCUAGUAGAGCUUCUGCUCCUGUUGAAGCUAAAGCUUGAGGAAGGAGGAUGAGAAGAAAGCAGAAUUUCCCAUCACUUUUUUUGCUUUUUCUUGUUCAGAAUUAUAUUCUCUUAAUUUCAUCUUUUCAUAGAAACUCUUUGAUCAGCUUGUAUCUAUUUGCUGUUGUUAUUAAGACAUAAUGUAAUAUAUGAGAAUACAAAAAAUAAUAAUUCCUAUUUUUCUUCUAUUU